GGUAACUUCAGUCUCAAGGUGAAAUGCUGGUAAAGACCAUCCAUUAUCUUUAAAUAUGUACCGAUCUGGCUUACUUAUUUUGUCACCGCAUGUGCACUCUCAGAAGUUGUUCUCUUUGUUAAAAUAUGUUAGCAAUGUGGUGAAUGAAAAGCUGUUUUUAGCAAUUCCACAAAGUCCUUCUGAUUUUAUGUUUUGGAAAAAGAUGGCUACGUUGUGUUAUACAACCGCAUGUAGGGUUUGCCCAUCACUAAACGUCUGUCUUCUUCUUCCUACAACCGAGUAUACCAAGCCUUCAGUAAAGUUUGAUAUUGUAAUUUCACAAGAAGCAGAAUUUAGUCCUGUUUGGAUUUUAAAUGAAGCCCACAAUAUCAAUCCACUUUACGGUGAUCGUGUUAUAUAUGCUACCAUAGGUAAUUCUGAAUCAGACCUACCAAUUACUGAUGAUCAGAUAACCGUUGCGUCAUCAGAUGAAUCACAUGAGGAUAUCUCCCGUGUAUGUCUCGGUGGUACUUUUGAUCGGUUACAUUAUGGACAUAAAAUUCUACUUACCGUUGGUGCUCUGUUGGCUAAAGAACAUUUGCUUGUUGGUGUAACAUGCUCUGAUUUACUUUCAAGUAAAUGUCUUAGCCCAUUGAUAUUUUCUUGGGAGAAGCGCAGUAAAAUUGUUCAAACUUUUCUCAGUGAUAUAGGCGUACAGUCUAGAAUUAUGAAAAUUGUUAAAUUAUCUGAUAAAUUUGGUCCACCUGGAUAUUCUGCAGAAUUUGACUGUAUUGUGGCCAGCUCCGAUUCUUUAGAUAAUUGUGAAAAAUUGAAUGAAUUACGACGUGCGAAUGGAUUUAAGCCGUUAAAGAUUGAAGUGAUCAAUUUUAUAUAUUCAGCUAAGAUCUCCAACGAAUAUAAAGCCUAUCCUUUUGACCUGUCGGAUUUAAAGUUAUGUUCGUCAAAACUUCGUUUCAAUGAACUAGGCAGUCUGUUAAAACCUGUUAAUAAUAUAACUGUAAACAAUUCUUCAUGUAGUCCAUAUUUAAUUGGUUUAACAGGACCAUCUGGUUCUGGUAAAUCAUCAUUGGCUAGACGACUCGAACAUUUAAGUGACCAAGUUCAUGUAAUCGAUUGUGAUCGUCUCGGUCAUGAAGCAUAUAUUCCUGGUACUCCUUGUCACCAAGCUCUUUUGUCUCAUUUUGGACGAGAAAGAAUAGCAUCCCCAGUGCCACCCUAUGCAAUAGACAGAGGCCUACUAGGAAGGCUAGUUUUUUCUGAUCCUGCUCAACUGAAAGAUCUGAAUUCCAUAGUUUGGCCUGAAAUAUUAAAGAAAAUUCUAACAGUUGUAAAAGAAAUAGAAUGUAAAGCAUUAGAACAAGAUCGGGAUCCUAAACGUCCGGUUAUUAUUAUAGAUGCAGCGGUGCUUUUACAGGCUAAGUGGGAUGAAAUGUGCCACGAGGUAUGGUUAACACUUUUAUCCCAAACAGAAGCUCAGCGCCGGCUGUGUGAGAGAAACAAUUUAAGUCCGGAAGCAGCAUCAGAACGUCUAGCACGACAAGCUUCUGCUGUUGCUGAAGUGACCGGUGGGUACACUUGGUUUGAAGCAGGUCAGUAUUGUUCUCAGAAAAGUCCUAUCGACUAUGCUCAUGUAAUUCUAAGUACAGAAUGGGACCCAGAAUGUUCGCAGUACCAAGUUGAAAAGUCCUGGAAAGCGUUACAACAAAGGUUAGAGUUAACUACAACAACCCAAUGAGUGUUUGCUAUCACGAAUUUGCAAUUUCUUAUCUGCUAAUUUGACGCUAUGUAUUCAAUUGGUUGAGUUUUUAUAAUGAAUUUCACUUAUGGAACAAACAUGAUUUCUUAGUUAGUUGGACUUUUUCUAUCAGUCGAUAUUUCUAUGACCGUGCAUAAUAAACCAUUAUUAUUUUCGA